AUGCAGGCUUCGAAUAUAACCUCAUCUACUGCUGUGAUUGGCUGGGAUCUGCACCCCACAGACACUGCCCUGGUUGGGUCCUACUCCAUUAGCUAUGGUCCUUAUGGCACGGACAGACCCAGGAAGAAUAUAGUUGCUUUCCCUCCAAAUACCAGUGUGGUCCUCACAGUGAUGGACGUGUGCCUGGGCAAUCCGUGCGGAGCCAAUGCCUCCUGUAUCCAGCAGGAUGGAAGCUUCCGAUGUUCCUGUGGGACUGGCUACACCUGGAAUGGAUCAGUCUGUAGAGACACAAGCACCUUCCAGUUUGACUCUCUGGACACCAGUCAGGAGUUGGGAUCAUCAGUGAUUUCACUUGCCAGCCCAAGAGAGCUCAGACCAAUUCUAACACCCACGAACGCCAUUGACACCGCUGCUGAUGCGGCUCCCUCCGUUUCCGAGGCCAACACCGCAGACAUCAAAGAUGCCCCUGCUGACACUGCUGCUGCCACCGCAGCCAACAUCCAGGACCUACCGACUGACCCCGCUCCGCCCACCGCCUACCCUGCUCCAGCCACCGUCGAGGCCGACAUUGCUCCGCCCGCUGCCGUCGCCGCACAGCCCACCGCCAACGUCGUUCCGACCACCACGGCCGCUCCGCCCACCACCUCAAGAGCCAGCAGCUCCAGAGGAGUCAACAGCACCCAGCCCUGCCGUGUCUUCACUAUCCCCCCAGACUGCCCCCUUACUGGAGACGAACAGUCAGUCCUCAAUGUGGAUGAGUGUGAAAGUGGAAUCCACGACUGUCACAGCUCGGCCUCCUGUUUGAACAGCCCCGGCUCUUUCCAAUGUGUGUGUGAGGCUGGUUACACUGGAGAUGGAAGGAACUGUACAGACGUGAAUGAAUGUGAAAGUGGAAGCCAUGACUGUCACAGCUCGACCUCCUGUUUCAACAGCCCCGGCUCUUUCCAAUGUGUGUGUGAGGCUGGUUACACUGGAGAUGGGAGGGACUGCACAGAUGUGGAUGAGUGUGAAAGGGGAAGCCACGACUGUCACAGCUCGGCCUCCUGUUUGAACAGCCCCGGCUCCUUCCAAUGUGUGUGUGAGGCUGGUUACACUGGAGAUGGGAGGGACUGUGCAGAUGUGAACGAAUGUUUACAGAACAAUGGUGGCUGCUCCCAGCGCUGUGUGAACACAAUGGGCAGUUUCCAGUGUCACUGUUACCCAGGAUACGCCUUGGCACUCAGGAGCAACUCAACCUGCACAGAUGUUAACGAGUGUGUGGAUCUAGCAAUGAAUCAGUGUGACCCAAACGCAGAGUGCCUGAACUCUGAUGGUUCCUACAGCUGUGAGUGCAAGCCCUACUACACAGGGAAUGGGACACAUUGUGAAGGUUGCUUUUGCCCACCAGAAAUUAUCCCAGGAACAGCGAAUCAGCCGGCUCUUUCAGGCAAUCCCUGUCCGUGUGUAUCAGGCUUUAUCGUGUCCAAUAACUUCCCGAGUCUGUACCAGAACAGUGCAGACAUGUACUGGUUCUUCAACAUGGCCCAGUUGUCUAAUGCCUCUCGACGAUACACAGGAAUUCGAUUCCGGGUGGAGUCACUGUCUGUGGAGUCAGAGGAGGAUCGCAUCUCCUUUGGAUGUGGAACAGAUCCCAAGCGGCAGAAACAGUUCACGCUGUCGGAGAAACACUUGAACAUCACGAACUUUCACCUCUCCAACUGCACAGACUCCUGGGUCCAUUUCCACUCUGGCCCAAACGUGCCCAACACAAAAUUCAAAAUUUAUUAUGAAAUGGUGCCACGUCUAUGCCAGAGCCUGAGUUGUGACGUCAAUGCCGCUUGUCACACAGAUAGCUCCGGGUCCCUGGUAUGUCGCUGCAAACCAGGCUGGAGGAGAUCAGGUCCCAGGUGUUACGAGCUCAGGAACAUGGUGCAAGCUGUAACAGCCAAUGUCACAGGGCCAAAUGUCACAUUGAGAUGGAUGGUCAUCCCAAUACCAGGAACUGAGAUUCUCAACUACCAAAUUAACACAAACUGCACAAACCACACCAACGGGGCCAUCCAACUGCAAAUGUUCCAGCCUGGAAACACCACCAAUUUACUGUUAACUGGUCUGGGUUCCUUGUCACUGUGUACGACUGUGAUCCAGGUAAACACCUCCUCAGAUGGCCUGGUGACCACUCAGCCCAUUACCUUCAAGACCUACUUUGAAGAUCUGAGUUUGACCUCCGUCUCCACCACCAGUGCUGUGAUCUCCUGGGCCCCUCUAGGGAGUGUGAAUGCUCUGAUGGGCUGCAGUCUGCAAUAUUACAGCAUUGGGAGCCCCAGUAUUGUCCACACGGUCAGCCUCGUCUCAGUCAGUACAGAGGCCGUGAUCACAGGGUUGGACCCAGAUGCUACUUACAUCGUGUCUAUUGUGUGUGAUUCUCCAUCUCCCUGGACACUCCGCUCCCAGUCUCUUAAUGUCACUACUCUCCCAUCUUCGAGAUUCCUCAGCAACAUACAGGCUUCGAAUAUAACCUCAUCUACUGCUGUGAUUGGCUGGGAUCUGCACCCCACAGACACUGCCCUGGUUGGGUCCUACUCCAUUAGCUAUGGUCCUUAUGGCACGGACAGACCCAGGAAGAAUAUAGUUGCUUUCCCUCCAAAUACCAGUGUGGUCCUCACAGGUCUGAGUGAGUCAACUCUGUACGUUGUAAGUGUUUCAGUGAAAACUUCCUUUGGAGAAAAGGACAUCAGUUCAACAUUAUAUUUUAAAACCAAAACAUUGAUUGACGUGUGCCUGGGCAAUCCGUGCGGAGCCAAUGCCUCCUGUAUCCUGCAGGACGGAAGCUUCAGAUGCUCCUGUGGGACUGGCUACACCUGGAAUGGAUCUGUCUGUACAGAUGUGAAUGAGUGUGAAAGUGGAAGCCACGACUGUCACAGCUCGGCCUCCUGUUCCAACAGCCCUGGCUCUUUCCGAUGUGUGUGUGAGGCUGGUUACACUGGAGAUGGGAAGGACUGUACAGAUGUGAAUGAAUGUGAAAGUGGAAGCCACGACUGUCACAGCUCGGCCUCCUGUUUGAACAGCCCCGGCUCUUUCCAAUGUGUGUGUGAGGCUGGUUACACUGGAGAUGGGAGGGACUGUACAGAUGUGGAUGAAUGUGAAAGUGGAAGCCAUGACUGUCACAGCUCGGCCUCCUGUUUGAACAGCCCCGGCUCUUUCCAAUGUGUGUGUGAGGCUGGUUACACUGGAGAUGGGACGGACUGUACAGAUGUGAACGAAUGUUUACAGAACAAUGGUGGCUGCUCCCAGCGCUGUGUGAACACAAUGGGCAGUUUCCAGUGUCACUGUUACCCAGGAUACACCUUGGCACUCAGGAGCAACUCAACCUGCACAGAUGUUAACGAGUGUGUGGAUCCAGCAAUGAACCAGUGUGACCCAAACGCAGAGUGCCUGAACUCUGAUGGUUCCUACAGCUGUGAGUGCAAACCCUACUACACAGGGAAUGGGACACAUUGUGAAGGUUGUUUUUGCCCACCAGAAAUUAUUCCAGGAACAGCGGAUCAGCCGGCUCUUUCAGGCAAUCCCUGUCCGUGUGUAUCAGGCUUUAUCGUGUCCAAUAACUUCCCGAGUCUGUACCAGAACAGUGCAGACAUGUACUGGUUCUUCAACAUGGCCCAGUUGUCUAACGCCACUCGAAAAUACACAGGAAUCCGAUUCCGGGUGGAGUCACUGUCUAUGGAGUCCUGGGAGGAUUACAUCUCCUUCGGAUGUGGAACAGAUCCCGAGCGACACAAACGGUUCACACUGACCAAGAAACACUUGAACAUCACGACCUUUGACCUCUCCAACUGCGCAGACUCCUGGGUCCAUUUCCACUCUGUCCCAAAUGUGCCGAACACAAGGUUCAGAAUUUACUAUGAAAUGGUGCCACGUCUAUGCCAGAGCCUGAGUUGUGACGUCAAUGCCGCUUGUCACACAGAUAGCUCCGGGUCCCUGGUAUGUCGCUGCAAACCAGGCUGGAGGAGAUCAGGUCCCAGGUGUUACGAGCUCAAGAACAUAGUGCAAGCUGUAACAGCCAAUGUCACAGGGCCCAAUGUCACAUUGAGAUGGACGGUCAUCCCAAUACCGGGAACUGAGAUUCUCAACUACCAAAUUAAUACAAACUGCUCAAACUAUAUCAGCGGGGCCAUCCAGCUGCAAAUGUACCAGCCUGGAAACACCACCAAUUUACUUUUAACUGGUCUGGGUCCCCUGUCACUGUGUACCGCUGUGAUCCAGGUAAACACCUCCUCAGAUGGCCUGGUGACCACUCAGCCUUUUACCUUCAAGACCUACCCUGAAGAUCUGAGUUUGACCUCCGUCUCCACCACCAGUGCUGUGAUCUCCUGGGCCCCUCUUCGGAGUGUGAAUGCUCUGAUGGGCUGCAGUCUGCAAUACUACAGCAUUGGGAGCCCCAGUAUUGUCCACACGCUCAGCCUCGUCUCAGUCAGUACAGAGGCAGUGAUCACAGAGUUGGAACCAGACAAUACUUACAUCAUGUCCAUCGCAUGUGAUACACUCGCUCCAUGGACACUCCGCUCCCAGUAUCUUAAUGUCACUACUCUCCCAACUUCAAGAUUUGUCAGCAACAUAUGGGCUUCCCAUAUAACCUCAUCUUCUGCCAUGAUUGGCUGGGAUCUGCAUGCUACGGACACUGCCCUGAUUGCAUCCUACACCAUUAGCUAUGGUCCUUACGGCAGUGAUAGACCUAAGAAGAAUGUAAUUGCUUUCCCUCCAGAUACCAAAGUGACCCUCAAUGGUCUGAGUGAGUCAACUCCAUACAUUGUCACUGUUUCUGUGAAAACUUCCUUUGGAGAAGAGGACACGACUUCAGUGUUGUAUUUUAAAACCAAAAUGUUGAUUGACGUGUGCCUGAGCAAUCCGUGCGGAGCCAAUGCCUCCUGUAUCCACCAGGACAGAAGUUUCCGAUGCUCCUGUGGGACUGGCUACACCUGGAAUGGAUCUGUCUGUAGAGAUGUGGAUGAAUGUGAAAGCAGAAGCCACGACUGUCACAGCUCGGCCUCCUGUUUCAACAGCCCCGGCUCUUUCCGAUGUGUGUGUGAGGCUGGUUACACUGGAGAUGGGAGGGACUGUACAGGUAACUGGUGUUGAAGCUGCAGCUGUGAAAGUCUCAAGUUGCACAUUUAUUGCUUGGAACGUUUUGAUAACCUUUUGUGAUGAAUUCCAGCAUCUCAAAGUUUGUUUCAACCAAAAAUAACA